AUGCAACUUCCUCCCCCAGAAGUGCUCCUUACCUGGCCGACACCAAACUACCAUGAUCCCGUCACUCGAGGAAACGCCGUGCUCGUUGCGAGCAUCGUCCUCGUCAUUUUUUCCACCAUCGUAACAGCCCUUCGUGUAUACACACGGUUAAGGAUCACAUGUACUUCUGGGCUGGAUGAUAUUAUGAUCCUGAUUGGUUUGGGCUGCGCAAUCGCGAUGGCCGUUGUCGUUUGCAUUGCAACCGAGCGCUGGGGCUGGACCAGGCAUAUCUGGGACGUGCCAAUGGAAUGGAUACCGAUGGUCUCCAAGCUCAAUCUCACUUUCCAAAUCCUCUUUUCGGUGUCUUGCUCUAUAACCAAGCUCUCUUUACUAUGGUUCUGCAGACGUUUACUCAUUGUCGGGAGCAAAGGUGUUUACUCGGCAUAUAACAUUGCCAUGAUAGUGGGCAUGGUGAUCGUGUUCCUCUCCAGCGCUCUGUUCGUACUCAUCAGUAUCUUCCAGUGCCGCCCAAUACACGCAUACUGGGAUCUGGACCCCCAGUACGAAUUCACCUGUUUGAAUGACGGAGCGAUUGUGUUCUCUGCUAGUGUUAUCAACAUGUUGACCGACGUCUUGGCUACUAUCCUGCCUAUGCCUUUGAUCUGGAAGUUAAAACUACCUGCUCGACAACGACUUGCUGUGAUGUCUAUUUUCGGACUGGGAAUUUUCGUCGAUGUAGCUGGUGCGAUUCGAACAGCGUACGUUUGGAAGAGCAUGAUCAGCUCCUACGACACCACCUGGGAAGGGUGGCCCGUCCUUCUCGCAGCAACCGUUGAAAUCAACCUCGGCCUGAUUUGCGCCUCGGCUCCUGCAUUACGGCCGCUGGUGAAUUUCUGCAUCCCUCGUCUCCUCGGUUCCUCGUAUCAAUACGGCUACAAUAACCAACCUCGCUCAAAGCAAUCAUAUAAACUUCGGUCAUUUACUGGGGCGUCAAGGUCUAGGGACUCGCGCCUCUAUGGGCCCCACGCAAAGACGCCAACCGAACAACUAAAGGUGUUUCGGACUGUGGAGAUGGAGACGCAUAGCGAAAUUCGCUCGAGCCGCCAACCCAUUGGUAAUAUCUACGAUGUCUCCACAUCCCGAGGGCAUUCGCCAAUAUCUGACGAUGAAGUACGCUUUGCGCACGGUGGUGAGCCUUUCAAACAUUCGUCGAUCAGCGAGAGGUCAUUGUCACCUCCGACAACGUCGAUUCGAAGCGAGCCUAGGGAUGGUCCCCCCAGCCGGGAAAACGAAUCGGUGUAA